ACCCCAUAGUUCAGAGGGUGAUGUAGACUUUUUCUUUAUUUAUUUUCACUUCCAGAGUUCUAGAGAAAACCGGCCUCUAUAUAUAUAUAAGCGUCGGCGUCCCUUCACCAUUGCCCACCAAGCUAACAAGGCACACUCAGCCAGCAGCUAGCUCCACACAUUAUCACAAACACCACUUGCAAUUGUGUGCACACACUACUGCUAGCUUAGCUGUUCCAUUUCUUCCCCUGCCUCUUCUUGCAUUGGUUGCCUUGCCUAGCUAGUCAUAUAGCAUACGUAUGGAGCAGCCGUGGAAGAACCAGCAGCAAAGAGACGACGGCGGCUUCGCCAUGGGAGAGGGCAGCUACGACGCCGCCAACCUCGACCAGACCAUGACGACGACGGACCCGUGCGAGGUCGUCGACGGGACGCUCCUGAUGAUGGAGCUGAUGGAUCAGGACGACGACGACGACAUGCCCUCCUCUGAUUUGCUUCUCGAUGAUGGCGAUGUCGAUCGCCAGCUGAGCCAUGUCAUUCGCUCCCUCGAGGCGGAGAUCGGCGGCGGCGAUGGUGGCGAGGCGGCGGUGGUGACGACGAUGGCCGUUGGUGGUGGUGGUGGUGAGAGCCUGGAAAGGAUCGAGGAUGUGUUGUCGGACGACAUGGAUGAUGGCGCCUACGACGACUACGAAGGUGCUUCAUCGUCGUCGUUCUUAUUAGCUGGGCAUGAUGAGGCAGAGGGUUGGUGUGUGUACACUAACACUAAUAAUGGGUACGAGGAGGGUGGUGGCGUUCUAGAGUAUGACACGACGGCUGAUCAUCACCAUUACUACUAUUGUUGCGCGGAAGGUUCUGCUGACCACAUGUAUCUCCCCUUGUGGGAAUGAGAUAUGGUGGUUAUGGAAAAACACAUGUAUAGCGCGACAUGUUUGUAGAUAGAUGCUAUAGUAGUGUGUACAAAUAUGUAGUUAGCGGAUCGGAUGAGAUUAUAUUGAAUGACAAGGCGAGAGGAUCCACAAUGAUGGCAAUAUUAUUAUAUAUAUGGUUUCUGUAAAGCAAUUUUAAUUUAAAGA